CACCUGGGGGUCCACGAGGCCCGGUUCCCCCGGCACCGGCUGGCCCGGCCCCUGGCCCGCCCCGAGGAGCGCCUGUGCGGGGAGCACGAGAGGCCGCUGGAGAUGUUCUGCAGGACCGACGGCGCCUGCGUCUGCUUCCUGUGCGCGCGGGAGGAGCACGGGGGUCACGAGGCCGUCCCCGUGGAGACGGAGUGGGGCGAGAAGAAGGUAGGGGGCCCCCCCGCGAUUCCAGCCGCAGCCGCCAGAGGGCGUUCGCGCCCCACUUGUUGCCGUGUAAUUGGUAGGAGACCUCAACCGUUCUCGAGGGUUUCUGAACUCCUAUUGCAGGAAGACAUCCGAAACCAAAAUUAUCCUGAAACACCUUCCCGCUUCUCUCAACCACAGACUUGUUUCCUUCUAAUCCUCUCUGUUCACAGGCAGGUUUCGACAUCGCCCCUCUCUUCCCCUCUCUGGACUUCGCAGCCCCUGAGUGCCCUCUCUGCCGACCCCCUGCUCCCGCCUCCUCCGCACUCCCGGCUUCUGUUCUCCUUUAUAAUUCCCUCCCGCUUUCUGCUACAGACAUUCCCUGACAUCAGUGCCCUUCCGGAGACGUCGGACUGGUCUCAGGUCACCGUGCAGACAGACCUGUUUCUGGGCACUGUCAGGAGAGCGGUGUCUGGUCUGAUGGAGAAAGUCCAGAAGACGCUUGAUGACAUCUACGCAAGAGAAGUGGAGAAGAUACAGAUCUAUGCAGCCGACGUGACAGUGGACGCCAAGACGGCGCAUCCCGGCCUUGUGCUGUCCGCCGACGGCAAGCGGAUCUCCCACGGGGACAAGCCCAAGCCGCUGCUGCAGAACUCGGAGCGGUUCGACCGCGCGGUCGCCGCCCUGGGCCGCGAGGGCUUCGCCUCCGGGAAGCACUACUGGGAGGUGGACGUGGGGGCCAAGACGGACUGGGACCUGGGGGUGGCCGGGGAGUCGGCCAAAAGGAAGGGGGAGGUCAGGGUGGCGCCCGGCGACGGGUACUGGCACGUGGCCUACUUCGACGACGUGGCGUGCGUGGCGGUGACCGAGCCGCUGACCUUCCUCUCGCUGAGGGACAAGCCGCGCCGGGUGGGCGUCUACCUGGACUACGAGGAGGGGGAGCUGUCCUUUUACAACGCCGAGGACCGGGCGCACAUUUUCACCUUCAAGGACGAUUUCGCCGAGAAACUCUACCCGCUGUUCAGCCCCGGCCUCAAUCUGGGCGGGCAGAACGCCGCCCCCAUGAUCAUCUGCUCUACGGACUAGGCGUCCCCGGGUGGGGAACAAUCUCUCCCGUGACCUUCGGGGGGCGCCAGUACGGAAAGCAUCUGCCGUUGUUCUGAAGGGAGGGCAUUCCUUCCAGGUUAAGGACCAAAACCGCCGGCCAGAUUCUCAGGUCAUUCUGUUGAAGUGCAAGAGCUGGCGGCGCCUCGCUUAUUCCAAAUAAUUAUUCCAUUCUGCUUGUUCCUCCGAGGAUUUGUUUAGACAGCAGGGUGGGAUGGGGUUGGUGGUGGAACAAAAUGAUUUGCUUCUGGCUCUCUUUUACAUUCGCUAUCGGGGGGAAAACGGGGAAAUAAAUGUUUCCUCUGGACCGAAUGGAUCCGACGGUGCCACUGCUGCUUCGACUUGACUGUAUGUAGCAAGGAGAACUACUCGUUCUUACUAAUGGAAUCAUCACCAAUGUUAUCAUAGGGAUUCGGGAGGAAGGUUAGAUCUUAACCUUGCCCACUUCUGCUCGCCUUCGUCUCGUACCCAGAACUCCCUUUUGUGUUCCUCUCUCACAUCUCCCCUGCCCUCCCCUCUGUACCUUUGGGCCUCAGAUUGGCUGCUGUUCUCUCAGCUAGGUGAGUCUCACCAAAUCCUUUAUACAUCUUCCUCUUUCUCCCGCAUUCGUUAGGAGCCAGCCAAACUACCGAAUAUUGUUAUAAGUUGUUAUAACAACAGCGUGUGUCCAAUACUAUGAUUUAUUGUUUUAUUCAUGUAAUAGUCCUUCAUUAAUACAGUCUGUUGAUCAGUUA